AUAAGAGGGACCUGAGGAAUUGACUGGUGCUGCAGCGAUCCUCUGAUAUGGGUAGGACUUAUAUUGCAUUGGAAAGCCUGCCAGAACCCACUGGGCAAAUAACAGUAUCUCCUUAAAAUGCACAUGCUUAUCCCAUGAGCUCCAUAUUGAGGGGUCUACUUUUAACUCCAGAUGAGGAUUAAAGUGCAACGGGAUGACCUGGACGCUUAUACUUAGUGCCCUCCUGCUGCUGCUAAUGCUCUGCCAGGCUCCCUCUGCACAAAUCAUGGAUGUCCUGUAUGGAAAGUGGAAGGAGUAUGAGGCUAUGUGCAAGUAUAACAUGACCCAAGAGCCUCCCCCAGAAGGUCUUGUGUGUAACCGUACAUUUGAUAAGUUCUCCUGCUGGCCAGAUGCAUUGCCAAACACAACUGUCAGUGCACCAUGUCCAUGGUACCUCCCAUGGCACCUUAAAGUGCAGCAUCACCUUGUUUACAAGCACUGUGGUCCAGAUGGUCAGUGGGCACCUAUAAGUAAUGGGUCAAAUCGUGAUGCCCGGGAGUGUGAAUUGAACAAGGAGGAUGCAGAGGUCGAGCAAAAUUUUUUCAAGACAUAUGAACGUUUCAAAAUCGUGUACACAGUGGGAUACUCUGUGUCUCUGGGGACCCUUAUUCUGGCCUUCGCUAUUCUUGUUGGAUUUAGUAAACUGCACUGUAUGAGGAAUUACAUUCACAUGAAUCUAUUUGCCUCUUUCAUACUAAAAUCUCUGUCAGUACUUGUGCAGGACAUACUGCUUAAGACGCGUUACACUAAAAAGAUCGAAGAUGAAGUGCACUUGCGGCUUAGCAGUGAGGCUUUAGCUGGGUGUCGUGCUGCCACAGUCCUCAUGCAGUACGGGAUGAUUGCUAAUUACUACUGGCUUAUGGUGGAAGGGAUUUACCUGUACAACUUGCUGGUUCUAACUGUAUUCUCAGAGCGAAAUUACUUUGCACUCUAUCUCUGUAUUGGAUGGGGAACCCCAGCUCUGUUCAUCAUUCCUUGGGUCGCUGUGAAAUAUACAUAUGAAAACAUUGACUGCUGGUCCGCAAACAACAAUAUGGGCUUCUGGUGGAUUAUUAGGUCUUCUGUGCUCCUUGCUAUAGUGAUCAACUUUGUGAUCUUUGUAAGGAUAAUUCAGAUUCUGGUGUCCAAGAUGCGGGCCCCUCAAAUGUGGUACACUGAUUAUAAAUUCAGGUUGGCUAAAUCCACACUGACUCUUAUUCCUCUGUUGGGAAUACAUGAGGUGGCGUUUGCCUUCCUCGCAGAUGAGACCACUCAGGGAACCCUACGCUUAGUCAAGCUUUUCUUUGACCUUUUCUUUGGUUCUUUUCAGGGCAUGCUUGUUGCUGUACUAUACUGUUUUAUGAACAAAGAGGUCCAAUCUGAGUUGUUCAAAAAAUGGAAACGUUGGAAGCUUGGAAAGGACAUUAAGAGUGAAUGUAAACACAUGUAUAGCCAGACCCCACGUGUUGGAGCUAGUAAUGUCUGUGAAAUGCACAAACUAGUUGGCUGCUGUCACAAUGGCAUAGGCAAAGCACGACAUAAUGGUAGCAUGUGCUAUGAUGAAAAAAACAGUACAACAGAGAAUAUUACAUUAAGUGAGAGACAACUCAGUUUCAAUUAUCCUGACAGCGAAGAAAACACUUUUUAAUCAUCUUGUCAAUGGAAGGGCAAACACACAGAAUAAGAUGUAAGGUGACCGGUGAACUGUGAAUGAACAACACUGAAGAGCCAGUACCAAAAUCCAACAACAAUGCCCAUACAUGAAGAUGGAGUCGAGUAACUCACUGAUAAAUGGGGAGUGACCCCAUUGCUAUGAUGGACUUUCUGCUUUUUAAAAGGACAUCCUUUCUACAAAUUGUGUAUAUCUGAAUGUCAUAAUGGCUGUAUGUAUCAUUCCUUUACUGUAAAUAACACGUAAAACC